GUCUAACUUAGAUAUGGAGAAUAUCAAAAGACAUUUGUACAUAACAAAAUCUAAAUUGUCCACCAGUCUGGACGUAGACCGGGACGUGCCGGAUCACACCUAAAUCCAAAUGAGGAAAAUUAAAAGAAUGAACUUUGAACUGGCCCGGUUCGGUUUUGACGGGAUUUCAACUCAAUACAGACCCGGACCAAAUGAUGCACGUUCAAAACCCUAGGGUUUAAUAUGUCCGCCGUUCCAGUGUGUCGGAGUUACAGUGCAGGCAUCAAUGGAGGAAGCCAAUGAGAAAUUGACUCUGGUGACAAGAAAAGCAUGUUUCGGACUACCCACUGCCUGCCCGAGCUGCUUGCCCGUUUAUAUUUACCUAAGGUUCUGCCAACGCCCCUUCGAUUUGGCCUUCAAUUCCCUUCACCCAGAUUCUGAUCAAAUACCUUAUGUUGAGUAUGGAACUUAUGUGGCCUACAAUAAUGAAAAGGGUGGUGUCAUUCAGAGUUUAAAGGAUGACGGUAUGAUCGAUGAUUUAGACUCUGCAGUACGCCACCGUCCAGAAUGGGCAUCAACGAUGGCUAUGGCGGAUUCAUGGCUUGCGGAUGCUCUUUUGUUUGAACUCUGGGUUGGGUCUGAUGUGAGUUCUGUGCAGAUUUAUUAUUCUGAUCUUCCUUGGCCAAUAGGAAAACUUCUAUACCUUAAGCAAGUUCAUGCUACAAAACAACAUCUUGGGAUAACAACUGAGAAUGCUGAUAAAAUAGAAGAAGAAAUUUACAGGAAAGCUUCCACUGCUUAUAGCGCUUUGUCAACAAUGUUAAGAGACCAAUCCUUUUUCAUUGAGAGGCCAACAAGUUUAGAUGCUGUUUUUCUUGGGCAUGCACUUAUUACACUAUAUGCCUUACCUGAUACUUCAGUGCUAAGAAGCAAGCUCUUGGAGUUUGACAAUCUUGUAAGAUACACAGAAAAUUUUAAAAUACAGUUCAUAGAUGCAAAUGAAUCUCCGUCUGUAUCUGUAUUGCAUACUGAUCCUUCUUCAUCAACUUCAAGACGUAGUUCAAAUUGGA